AUGACCGUACAAGCGAAUAGAAAAAGACUCUCCACAGGUCUCACUGUCACUUCCAAAGUCUUUGUUCGUUCAAGGAAUGGAGGUGCGUUGAAGAUUGUUCGUGAGCACUAUUUGAGAAACGAUAUACCGUGCUACUCAUCAGCUUGUACUCAUUGUCAAGAAAUAGUUAAACCAGAUGCUAAUGGCAACCUUCCCAGAUUCAUCCUAUCUGCCAAUCCAGCAAAGACUACCGAUGGAAAACCUCACUACGUUAUAUUGGAUACCAACAUUGUCCUUCACGCCAUCGAUAUUCUUGAAAGUACUCAAUGUUUUUACGAUGUCAUUGUCCCUCAAACAGUGUUGGAGGAGGUUAAAAACAGGUCAUUCCCAAUAUACCAAAGGUUGAGAAAUUUGGUUAAACUGGAAGACAAAAGGUUCGUUGUUUUCCAUAAUGAAUAUAACGAAGGCACCUAUGUCACCAGGGAAAAGAAUGAGUCAAUCAAUGAUAGAAAUGAUAGAGCAAUUAGGGAAGUUGUGUCGUGGUACCAGAAACACUUGCCCGCUAUAGAAAUGAUAUUGGUGUGUAAUGAUGCCGAUAGUAAAGCCAAGGCAGCAAAAGAAAAUUUGAACGUCAAAACAUUGGUUGAAUACCUUGAUUGUUUGCCCAAUGGUGAAGACUUGAAAGAGUUGAUACCGGCAGACUUUAGCAGUUUUGAAGGCAAAAAGGGAGAAGACGAGGUCACGUUCCCUGAAUACUACUCGAAUGCCAGAAUCAUGGCGGGGAUCAAGAAUGGAACCUUAUACCAAGGGGUUUUGAACAUAUCUUCUUACAACUACUUGCAGGGUGAAGUAAAUGUAUCAGCAUUCAAAAAGCCAUUGCUUAUACAAGGAUCAAGAAAUUUGAAUCGUGCAUUCAACUCAGAUUCAGUAAUUGUUGAGCUUUUACCAAAGGAUAAAUGGAAGGAACCAUCAACUACGAUUAUUGAAGAAGAGACGAUUGGAGUCAAUGAUAAUCCUGAUGAUGGUGGCGAGGACAACGGAAAUGUCGCCGCUUCUGAAGGUGUUGUAUCAGACAAAGAGCGUCUCUUGUUAGCUCAAGAAGCAAUGAAGACAACCAAAGGUUCAACAGAGGAGAAGAGGCUUCAGCCAACUGCUAAAGUUGUAGGUAUAGCGAGAAGAUCAUGGAGAUAUUAUGUUGGACAAAUAGCACCAACAUCAGUGAGCCAAGAAGAUUCAGGAAACUCUGCCAAAAAUUGUUUCGUAAUCUUGAUGGAUAAAACGUUGCCAAAAAUUAGAAUCAGAACUAGAAAAGCUAAAGAAUAUCUUGGCCAAAGGAUUGUUGUGGUUGUUGAUUCAUGGCCCAGUGAUUCCAAAUACCCCAAUGGACAUUUUGUGAGGGCUUUGGGUGAAGUUGAAAGUGCCGAAGCCGAAACUGAAGCACUUUUGUUGGAGCAUGACGUUGAAUAUAGACCAUUUUCGAAAAACGUUUUGGAUUGUUUGCCCAAGGAAGGCGAUAAUUGGGUUGUUCCAGAUAUUGCCAACACAGAUGACACUCAAUUACAAAAGAGAGUUGAUCUUAGAGAUAAACUUGUUUGCUCCAUAGAUCCACCAAAUUGUGUCGAUAUUGACGAUGCUUUGCAUGCGCAAAAGUUACCCAAUGGAAAUUACGAAGUUGGUGUUCAUAUUGCCGAUGUCACUCAUUUCGUUAAAGCAGGCACCGCUUUGGAUCAAGAAGGUGCUUCUAGAGGUACCUCAGUAUAUCUUGUUGACAAGAGAAUUGAUAUGUUGCCUAUGCUAUUAGGAACAAAUCUAUGUUCGUUGAAACCAUUUGUUGAUCGUUUUGCCUUUAGUGUCAUUUGGGAAGUUGAUGAAGAUGCCAACAUUGUUAAUGUCAAGUUCAUGAAGUCUAUUAUUAAAUCAAGACAAGCUUUCUCCUAUGAACAAGCGCAAUUACGUAUAGAUGAUCCAAAUCAAAAUGAUGACUUGACCAACUCAAUGAGAAUCUUGUUGAAAUUGUCGAAAAAAUUGAAACAAAAGAGAUUGGAUGCAGGUGCUUUGAAUUUAGCUUCACCUGAAGUUAAAGUCCACAUGGAUAGUGAAACUUCUGAUCCUCAGGAAGUUGAAAUUAAAAAGCUAUUAGAGACUAAUUCAUUGGUGGAGGAGUUUAUGUUGUUUGCCAAUAUUUCCGUUGCUCGAAAGAUUUAUGACGCUUAUCCCCAAACUGCAAUGUUGAGAAGACAUGCAGCCCCACCAGCUACUAAUUUUGAAACCUUGAAUGAUAUGCUCAAUGUAAGGAAAAAUGGCUUAUCCAUCUCAACUGAGUCUUCGAAAGCAUUGGCCGACUCUUUAGAUCGAUGUGUCGAUCACAAUGAUCCGUAUUUCAAUACCUUGAUUAGAAUUAUGUCAACCAGAUGUAUGAUGGCUGCCGAAUAUUUCCCUUCAGGGUCAUAUGGGUAUCCUGAAUUUAGACACUAUGGAUUAGCAGUUGACAUCUACACACAUUUCACUUCACCAAUUAGAAGAUAUUGUGAUGUCGUUGCUCAUAGACAAUUGGCUGGUGCCAUCGGGUACGAGAAUUUGGACUUAAGUCAUAGAGAUAAGAAUAAGAUGGAGAUGAUUGUGAGAAAUAUCAAUAAGCGUCACAGAAAUGCCCAGUUUGCUGGAAGAGCCAGUAUUGAAUAUUAUGUUGGACAAGUUAUGAGAAGUAAUGAAGCUGAACAUGAAGGGUAUGUUAUCAAGAGUUUCAAUAAUGGUAUAGUGGUGUUGGUGCCUAAAUUUGGUGUUGAAGGACUCAUCAAGCUUGAGACCAUGGGUGAUGUAAACAGUGCCAAUUAUGAUGAAGACAAGUACGAAUUGACAUUUACUGAUCUUAAUGGCAACAAGAGGACUGUGGGAGUUUUUGACAAGGUCAAGGUCGAUGUUAAGUCAGUUAAAGAUGAAGUUAGCGGAAAGAGAAAAGUGCAGCUCAUGUUAAAGUAA